UAUGUAAAUACAUGUUUUUACAUGUUUGAGUCAUACCUUACACGUGAUAAAAUAAAAAGGUUGUACUUCCGGAGCAACUCACUUGGGCACGUAGCGCAAAACACUACGACAUGGAAUCGAAGACGUUAAGAUUCGAUUUGUAUUCCUGGAAACAAAAAAGAUACAAUGAACUCUUAGAAAAAGCCGAUGAAUUGGUGAAGAUUGUGUCAAGGUUUGAUUCUAGGAUCAAUAUUUACUCCAUCUAUUUAAAAGAUGAUGGUGAAUUUGGCCCAGUUAAAUUCGUGAACACAUGCGUUCCUGAUUCAUUUAUGAUGGCCUUAUUUAUUUGCUAUAUUCAGUAUGACCAUAUAGCAUCUCUUUUUAACUCUUUUGUAAAACUGAGGGCACCUAUGGUCUUCUUAAGAGCUAGAAUGUAUAAUGAAGCUAAAGCAUCUUGGUUAUUUUGCUGUAAUGUUACUGUGACGGAAAAUACUGAAAACUACGUAAUGGAUGCUUGGAGUAACCCAAAGGACCAUUUACACAUGUUUGAUGAAUUUAUACUCGGCAACGACAAACUAAGCACAUUUAAAUCUCUUGGCAAUGUGCAUGCCCUGGGUUUCCGUGAUCAUAAUCCUUUGCUGGUCCUAGUGGAAAUAAAUCAGGCAAUGGAUACAAGGCCACCUCUAUGCAUUGAUGACGAUUAUGGCAGGGCCUUUGAACUUCAGUUUUUGCUGAUGACGAGGAAAUCCCUUCCUACUCAUAUGAUUGUGGGGUUAAAUCAUUUUGAUCGAUGGAUUCUCUACGAUAAUUCAAAGUUACGAUAUGAUAAUUUCAACCCCAAGAAUGCUGAUUUUGAAGAUUUCACCAUCCUGCUUAUUGGCUAUGUUAAUAUACCACAAGAUAACCAUAGGAGAGAGGGCCGUUAAAAUUUCCUGAAGAGGGACACCGUUGGACCAUUCCUUUUAAUUUGUUUCAAGGCUUAAACGAACAAAAAAAGGAACACUUUGAUUGAGCACGUUUCACGAUUUAAAGAAAUAUUUGACACAAAAAGCCUUCCUUUACGCAAAUUAAAAAGCAAAAUAAAGAUGGAUUGAUUACGACUUG